GGUCUUCUUUCUUUUUCUUGAGUGACUCGGAUCCGAAGAAGACAGAAAGGAUCGACUGUCCAGAAAGCCCCUACGUCCACUAACAACGGUUUUAAUCUUUAUUCUAUAUCUAUUUCUCUUUUUCUUUAUUCUUACAUACGGUUACGUCCCUCUUUGAAUCAAAGCAUCCAACAGCUUGUGUCUGAUCUCUGAUGACUGGUGAAGCUUAAAUUUAUCAUCCAGAAACUCCCACGAGAAGAACAAAAGAAAGAAGAGGGGGAGAUGAGAUGAUUCUACCAGUAGUAAAGCUAGGAACCCUUGCACUAAAAACCGUUUGCAAACCCAUUGCUAAUCGUCUCAAGAAAGAGGCUGGUUUACAUCCCAGGUUCCGCCAAUUUAUCAUCAACAUUGCCCAGGCAAAUCAUCAAUUCACGACAAAAAUGCAAAGACGUAUUUAUGGUCAUGCAACUGAUGUUGCAAUACGCCCUUUGAAUGAGGAAAAAGCAGUCCAGGCUGCUGCAGAUCUUCUAGGGGAGCUCUUUGUAUUCACGGUUGCUGGAGCUGCUGUUAUUUUUGAGGUGCAAAGAAGCUCCAGAUCAGAAGCAAGAAAAGAGGAGCAGCGCAAACAAGAACUGGAGGCGAUGAAACAAAGAGAUGAAGAUUUAGCACAAGAAGUUGAGCUACUUAAACACAAAAUUGAAGAGCUAGAACAACUGGCCAGAGGACGAGGACUUACUGGUUUAUUCAACUUCAGGCAUGCGCAUGGCGCUGAAGAUGGAAAAGCACAACCGUCUUGAUUAUCACAGAAAUCAAGCUCAGCCCAAAGCUUUGAUGUGAAAACAAAUUUACUUGAGUUUAUUUACAACAGUGGUCGAAGUGGGUGAAUUUUGGUUUCAUUGUUCCUACAAUUUGUGUACAAAAGCUUGGGAUAAGUCACGUGGCAAGAUACCCAACUGUACAAGCUGUCCACAGAAGUCCUUCGAGCUCCAAUAAAACAAUAAAAAAAAAGAAAAGCUUCACAUAGUAUCCAUUUAUCUGAUAUGAUACACUGGGCUUGGUCGUAAUUGGAGUUUUGAAAAUUCUUCAGCUUCUGCUGAAUUUAGCUUGAUUUGACCAUCUGGGAAUUGGAAAAAGUCCCAUUCAGUUCAAACCUGUAUUGGUUAAACGGUUGCCUAAAGCUCCCUGUGAAACAUCAAGGCUGGAUGUUGGAUGGUACUGCUUU